UGCCAGUCAGUUCAGAUUUUCAGCAUCCUACUGUUCACAUCCCUUCAUUUUAGGUUUAUGUUUCAUGCUUCUGACUAUCUGGAAUAUGUUAGAAGUUUUUAAGUGAAAGAAAUGGAGCAAAAAACAAUGUCUUCACAAGUUUUCUCUGGCACGUAAAUCACACUGUGGACCAGUCCCAACUUCAAUGAAUACCACCUACCUCUCAUAAAAAAACAUUUUCCUCACCUUCUCUCUCUUAUACUGACACAUCAAAGCAGCAAAAAGUUUAGAUAAAGAAAAAAUGUAUAUGCAGAUGGAUCAAAUAGAGAAGAAAGAGAAAAGUUUCAACACAGCCUGAAAGGAGGAGGGGAGACACAGAGAAGAGAAGUAUCUGGAGACAAGGUGAAAAAGAAGAGCAGAAAAUAAAGGUGGAACAGAGGGCCCCGUGGAUGCCUCAGUCAUGAAGCUGAGCUUGAUGCUUGCCUUGUUUCUCUUUAUUUACCCUUAUGCAACCAUGGGAGGAAGAGCUGAGCGCAGGCAGAGACAGGCUGAGGAGAGGGUGGCACCAUAUAUCGGCAGGGUGGACCCCGAAAAGCUUUGUGAGCUGCUUAAAUGCCACAGUCCUGUGGGAUCUUGGUGCCAGGUAGUUGAGGAAAGGGGAGUUCUCAUACCCAAGUGUGUUUGUCCACAGUCAUGCCCACGGCAGAUGGCACCAGUGUGCAGUGUUCUGGGAAAGACUUAUGGGAAUGAAUGUUUGCUUCACAAAGAAGCUUGUAGGAAGAAGCACCGCACUGGAGUGGCUCACACAGGACCCUGUCUGGUUCCCAAGAGCAAAUGUACUGAGGAAGAGUUAGACCAGUUUCCAUACCGUCUCCUGGACUGGUUUCUACUCCUGAGCCGAAUGGGGGAGUCCUAUACACCUGCAGCUCUGCCACAAACCUGUCUCAGCCAUGCCCAGAGGACACAACUGGCAAAGGAAAGAUUUACCUUACUGGACAAGAACAAAGAUGGAAAGUUGAGCUGGAGGGACCUGAAGAAGUUAUAUUACAAGAAGAUGCCAUUGGAGCACUGUGCUACACCAUUUUUCCUGUCUUGUGAUCGCAACAAGAACAAGAAGGUUACUGUGAAAGAAUGGACUGCCUGUCUGGUGGAUCGUUCUCAGGCUUGGUUUUAUCAUUUCAUGUCCAUGAAAAUGGGCUCCCACCAGCUGUGUCCUACAGUCAAACACGAACUCCUGCAUCUCUUUUGAACCUGCAUCAUUACAGCUACCCAAUUCACAAAACAAAACCAACAGGAUUUCAACAAACACUGCUCACUUCUCCAUUUCACUGCUUGUAAUAUAGUAAUUCCUCACUCUGA